AUGUCUUUAGCAUAUCUUCCGUUGCCGAAGCUUACAAGAUGCAAUAGGUCGAUACUACCUUCGGAUUACUCCAAGCAAGGAGAUACUCCAUCUGCGCGGCUCUCCAAAUUGGGCUGCGGACCAUAUCGUCGUCAAAAACACACAUCAGGCUGGACUCCCGCCAACAAGAUUCCAGAUGUCGAGCCGUUUGAUUAUCGAAAGGACUCUCGAAAGCCGAAGUACAUCGAGAAGGGUGAUCCACUGCAAGAUGAGGAGAUACUCCUGCAAGGUCUGCCAAUCGUCGAGCCGGGAGACGAGGCAAUCAACACUAUCAGAAAGGUACCAAGCGAUCAGGCUCUUAUGCCGUUGAGAUGGGGUAGCAGUCGCAGGGCAACCGGCCGAUCCAAAAGUGGACUGCAGAUCCAAGUACCGAGUAGCAACGCGCCAACGUCAUUAAUUCUUGGGGAAGCUAUCACCGGAAAAUCCAUCAUUUACGCAUACACCUCGUCUUCUUCCUCAUCGAGCGGGAGAACAACGAGCAGCUUCGGUGCUGUAGGAGAUCAUCUUGCUUCGACUAGAUCUGCCGUUUUGCCUAGGACCUUGGCGGCGAUGGGAGAUCAGAACCCAUCUGUUAAAGUAGAGCGGUCCGUUAUGAGUGCUAAUUGUCGUACCCGGUCUCCUCUUGCGGAUCUAGUCCUCAGCUCAACGCCUGAUGAAGAGCCGUACCAGUUGCUAGCUCUCGGUCAGGUUGGACCGUGGAAACGACCCUUCACACCACAGCUUGUCAAACCCUCGAGACUUUGUACUCUAAUUCAACGGCGACGAUCCCUCUCCGACUUGAAAGAAGCCCCGCAGGCUCGACAAUGUUCUGUAGGCGUAGAGCUGGAAGCUCCAAAACCGCAGGUACCAGCAAAUAUGAAGGUAUUGGGACCAGAUGAUAUUAAAGUCGUCAGGAAAGAUAGCCUUGUUCAGCCGGAUGAAGUCAGCUCCAUCGAGGCAAAAGAGCCACCAGUAUGGUCACGCAAAGGUCUUCCAUUCGAAGAGAACCGCCGAGCACGGAGUGGGCUGCGCGUUCAUCUGAGGUCGCAGUUGCUGUUGCAUGUGGACAUCCAUCAGCUGACGGAAUGGCAGUCGAAAGUGUUCAUCAUGAAAUCGACCAAUAUCCAUAACCUGCGAGCUUCGGUGGAACACGAAGUCUGGUCAUCAACGAAGGGUGCAAAUAGAGUGCUCCAAAAUGCUUGGGAGAGCAGGAAGCCAGGGGAAAAGAUCAUUUUCAUGUUUUCCAUCACCCAUAGAUAUGGUGGAAAGUACUGUGGUCUGGCGGAAAUGUCCGGACCAUUCGACCCAGAGAGGGAAGUUAAUAUUUGGACAGAGGGACUUCAAGGCAAUGAAGGAGUGAUUCCGACGCGAUGGAUCGUUGCCAAAGAUGUUGAAUUCUCCGCCUUUGACGACUUGAAUUACAAUGACAAACGUGUCACCCAAUUGAGACAUGCAGAAAGUCGAGGCGUCCCAUACAAGAUUGUUCGAGUACAACGCGCUCCCGCUCGUGUCAUCUUCGUGUCUUAUGGUCUCUUCCCCCUUCAAGACGGCUCUAUGGUACCUCAUCCUACUAUGAACCCUCCCUCUCGGGGACUUGAAACUGUCCUUCCCACGCAGUCGAAUGCUGCUUCACCGACUAUGUUGACAGGUCAGGCAAUGCAGGAAGAAGCAUUACAGCCACUAGAGGGUAUCCGGUCCGAGGAUGCGCUGGGACAAUUCUCCUACGCUCCAGCUACUCAGACUACAGUCGUCACUACGACUACAACGACUACCACCAAUUUCCCACCUAUCAUGAUGAAGGCUCCCCAGCAUCUAUAUGACUUGGAUCCAAAGCUGUAUCCCUUGGCUUCUUCACCAACACCGACAUCCAUUAAGAAAUUGUGCUUCGAUGUGGAUGGGACACCAACAUUAUUUCAGGAAGCAGACGACACGCUUGAAACUCUAGAGAAGCUCAAGCAUCAGCAAAAAGCCUUAACAGCGUCUGACGGUGCGCUACGCUCCGUUGCAAAAUCCGACCAUGCUUUUGAGAGACCCAGACCAGAGGAGUUACGAAUGGGAAGCUCAGACGCGUUAUCACAUCAGCAAGCGUCCAGCACAGCUCCGAGUAGUAGGCGGAAGCGAUCGGCGUCACCAGUAUCCAUCUCAGAAGCCGUUACGCUGGCCAGUGGGCAAGUCCCCCGCAAGAGAAGAUUAGUGUCAGGAGGUAAUACAAGCUCAAGCUUGGGAAACGCUGACUUUUCAACACGAAAAGCUUCACAGUCAAGAUUGCAGAUCGUUCAGACAUCGACACCAAUCACUCCGCAUCUUGGUAGGAGCAAUACUGUCCAAAACCAAACACCCCCAGUGUGGCUGUCAGAAGCAAUGGAGGAACACGAGAGGGAAGAUCCGGUGUCAAGCACUUUCGAUGCAUCUGCAGCAAACGAGGAUGAUCCUCAGAUCUUGAGUCCCAGGUCAGAGACCACAAGAGGAGUAACAUCUCGAGAGGACGGUGUUGCCAAUCAUGAAAAUGACAUGAUCGAAGAUUCAGAAGUCCAAUCGGCGUGGCGAGAUCUGGGCAUCGGAUCCGCCAUGACUCCUCGUAUGGAGAAUGAUGAAGAUGAGGUUUUUCCACAAUUCCGACAGCCAGAUCGUCCAAGGCCAACUAUACUCGAUACGACUGCUGCACAAGAUGUUAGCCUACCUAGUCCAAGUCUGUCUCCAGUCACUGCGGCGGCGAACAUGCAGAGUCGCAGAGGGUAUUUUGAGCAACCUAUUCUGGGACGUACAAAUGCCCCUGGAAGUUUUCAAUCUCUACUCUCUCAGAGUCAGAACAGCACGAGAUCAAGCAUUUCCGACGAAGCUUUGCACAUUUGCCUGAAUGGAGAGACAUCAGAACCAGCAUCCAAGGAAGUGGCCCCAGCCAACGGCCAGAUCUCCACACGAUCUCUUCUGAGCCUGCCGUCAAUGGUCGAUACUUUCGAAGCCAUGCCCGAGGAAAUGAAAAGUUAUCUCAUGUAUCAAUUCUUACGUCGUUGCUCAAAGCCAGUACUUCAUUUUGUCGCUGACGUGGUCAACCCGGCACUCAAGUGCGAUUUUCUAAGGCUUCUUCCUGUGGAGCUCUGUAUCAAUGUGAUCGGCAACCUUGAUGUUAAGACGCUUUGUCGUGCCGCUCAAGUUUCGAAGAGAUGGAGGCAGCUCAUUGAUUCUUCCGAGAAGAUAUGGAAACGUCUCUUUGAUGUCGAUAAUUACGUUUUGCCAGAAGGCGAGCUCCCAAGGGCAAUCCGCGAGGGAUGGGGCUGGCAGUCUGAAUCUCAGACAGAAGACCAUGAAAAGGAUCUUAGUGCUUUCUCGACAAACCCCUCGGAUACGGAUUUGUCGGUCUCGUCACGCAUGUACCGAGAACAUUCAGGGACGAGUCCAUUUGCUGCCUCACAGAGCGGUUCUGCGACUCCACAGACCAAGAAAUCAAAGCGAAAAGCAAAGUCAAAGUCGAAGCCAUCAAGUCGCAAGUACCAAAAGAGGAUUCAUUCGGCCUCGGUCGAUUCAAUAGACCUCGAAGACGAAGCUUUGCUGGACAUGGCAUCGGCCGACGGUCCAUAUGCAGCUGCCAAUGCGGCCGCUGCAGCAGUGCCAUAUCCUCGCAUUGGGCUACCGAGUCUAAAGAAUUUGCAUCUGUUCAAGUCGAUCUUCAUGAGACAUCACAUCAUUCGUAAGACCUGGAUGCAAGACGAAGUCACACCUCGCCACAUAGCCUUCAGAGCACAUCAACGGCAUGUGGUAACAUGCUUGCAGUUUGACGCAGAUAAGAUUCUCACCGGCAGUGAUGAUUCUAACAUCAACGUCUAUGAUACGAAGACCGGCGCCCUCCGAGCCACACUCGAAGGACACGAAGGAGGCGUCUGGGCAUUGCAAUACGAAGGUAACGUCCUGGUCUCCGGUUCCACCGACCGGACUGUCCGAGUGUGGGAUAUCGAGAAAGGUAAAUGCACGCAAGUAUUUCAGGGGCACACAUCUACUGUACGAUGCUUGCAAAUCCUGAUGCCCACGCCCGUCGAAGGCAAGAGUCGAAAUCAAAUGAUGCCGAAACAGCCACUCAUCAUUACCGGUUCUCGAGAUUCAAACCUUCGAGUAUGGAAAUUGCCUAAACCUGGAGAUGCGCCACUCUUCCAAACAGGACCAGCACCAGACGAAAACGCCGAUUGUAAAUACUUUGUCCGUACUCUAUCUGGUCACCAUCAUUCGGUUCGUGCAAUUGCUGCUUACGCCGAUACGCUCGUCAGUGGAAGCUAUGAUUGCAGUGUACGAGUAUGGAAAAUCUCAACGGGGGAAACCCUCCACCGUCUACAAGGGCAUACUCAAAAGGUAUAUAGCGUUGUCCUAGAUAACAAACGAAAGCGUUGCAUCAGUGGCUCGAUGGACAACCUCGUCAAGGUCUGGUCGCUCGAAACUGGGACCGUGUUGUUCAACCUCGAAGGCCAUUCAUCUUUGGUGGGUCUUCUGGAUUUGCAGCAGGAUCGUCUUGUGUCUGCCGCAGCUGACUCGACUCUGCGAAUAUGGGACCCAGAAAACGGGCAUUGUAGAAGCACAUUGAGUGCACAUACUGGCGCGAUCACUUGCUUUCAACACGACGGCCAGAAAGUCAUAUCUGGGUCAGAUCGAACUCUGAAGAUGUGGGACGUCGCAACUGGCGACUUCGUCAAAGAUUUGUUGACCGAUCUAAGCGGAGUAUGGCAAGUUAAGUUCAAUGAGCGAAGAUGCGUUGCUGCCGUCCAGCGCAACAAUUUAACCUACAUCGAGGUACUGGACUUUGGCGCCUCUAGGGACGGUGUUCCGGGACACAAGCGAGGCCGCCGUAUCGUUGUCAAUGUGGAUGGGCAAGAAGUUUCUGACCCUCACGAUACCUCCGCCGACGCCGAUAUCAUCGUGGAAGACUAA